AUGGCAAUUGACAGCGAGAAUGACAGAGGCGACAGUGAAAAGGAUCAAGACUUGCUCCAUCUCGAAGCAGACAGAAAACCAACUGCAGAGACAGCGCUGGUCACUAACAAUCAUCACCAUGGCGAAGAUGGUGGGAUUUUGCCACCGCGAAGAUGGCUGUUAAACUCUCCCUGCCCUAAGGCCAGGAACAACAUAGGAAAGAAGGCUACCAUCACUUCUCUUUCGGCUUCCUUCAUGGAUCCUUUGCCCUCCGCGAACGCUUUUCCUUCCACAUCAUCCCUUAUGUGCUUGAACACAGAAGCUGCCGAGUCGUUAGACUGCUCCCUUUGUCAAAAAAAGCCAUCGGGCUCCAACGCCCGGUGUAUGACUUGGAAACUAACCCAAGCAGACAAUCGAGAGCCUUAUGUGCACCUACAAGAUCCAUAUGAGCAGGAGUGGGUGAAGCUUGGUGAUUUGGAUCCAGAAGAAGUUGAGCAGGCGUUUUCAUUAUUGGAGAAAUGGGAAAACUUUAGUGACUUGAACGUCGAUGAUGUCGAGAGGGCAUUCGCGCCCAUUGAGAAAGGUGUCUCAAGGAAUUAA